AUGGAAGAAAAACAUAAACUGUUUGAAGCACUCGACGAUGUGAGCAGCAUCUUCUCGGAAAUGAAUGAUGAGUGGACUGCUACGUGCUUUGACGAUAAUUUUUCGGACUUUGGCAGCUUCGCGCAUGUAAUACGAUUCUCAAUCCUUCAAGCUUUGGACUACUCACUGCGCCUUUCAGAAUUGUGUGCUCGAUUAUUAUUAUAUGGUGAGAAAGCAAAUUCAUCAGUCGAAAUAUGGCAUGAAAUGGCUGAAAGAAAUUUUGAUGCAAAAAAAUUAUGCGUUUUUGCGUGGUACUUGAUUGAGCGGGGACAACAGCCUGAUGUUUCUCUUGAUGAUCGAAAAGUCGGAUUAAUUGGUUCUCGAAUUUAUAUCUCGUUGUGCUGUUUAAGGGGAGCGCAGGCUUUCAAUAUUUUCAAUGAUUAUCUCUUCCAAAGGGCUGUAGAAGAAUUGCGAUUAAUCCGCAGAUUACUUAGUAACGGUCACUUUUCGACAACUAACAAUCGUGUAGAAAUAGGUGGAAAUACCAAAAGUAAAAAUAAGAAACUAUUUGUCGCAAAUAACUCAAAAACAAGGCAUUCAGAUUUCGAGCAACUGACUUUGGAGGACGGAACAGAAUUAAGAUAUAUGCUGUGUGACGUCCUGGAUUCAUUAUUUGUAUUCUUAAGCAGAGGCCUACUUUCAUCAACUCAGCAGUCUUCAACAUCACUGGCAAUUUUUUUGCAACAGCUUAUGCAACUUGAUUUUUCCGAAAAAACGUCCCUCUUAGAAUGUAAACGGCUAUCAGAUUUCCAGAGAUUGCAAGGUUUUUCUGAUCGAUCAUUCGCUUUAAUGCAUCGCUUCUUGGAUAAUCAGCAUGCUGUCUCUGGUGUGAUAUAUGGAAGAAUUAUUAUGCCGCGGCUAUUGUUCUGGACACUUGAAAAUGCCGUAUUCCCCACGAAUGCUCAUCCACCGAAAUUAAUGAGCACUUAUAAGGAGGCGAUGCUGAAUUUUAUCAGAAUAAGGAUAGAGAAAGAUUUUGAAGAAGAGAUGUCCACUAUUUUAUUGAUGCUUCAAAAUGUAUGUUUUCGCUGUCCAGAUCGCAGUGAUUAUCGUGCAAAAGUAGCGAAUUCCGUUGUUGAAGUCCUUGCUCAUUUGUCUCCCAAAUAUAUCCGAGAUUUUGCUGCUUUCCUAUUACUGACUGCCGCGAAUUCAAAAGUUGCAGUUCGUAGUUUUGCUGUUGAAGUUGCGGUACCGUUUGUGAAGCAACAUGGUCAUAUUCUUGAAGUUAGUUGUAAGCAAGAAAAUGGAACUCAUAACUUCGAACAAAUGGAUGAAAAGGAUGUAUCCAGUGGCGAAGAAGUAUCGAUGGAAGUAGAUAAAGCUGAAGAAAAUGAUAAUGAUAACAGGCAGCGAGUUCGUAAGAAAGCAGAGAGAAAGAAAGCGAUAAGUGAUAAUUUGGUGAGAAAAAUCGGUCUUCACAAUGCUAUUUUGGUUCUUUUACUGAAAAGUUGUAAUGAUAAAUCUCCAAUGGUACGAACUAGAGCUUUGAUGCAGGUUGCAAUGUUGCUCAAUCAUGAAAAUAUACGCAACAAACUUUUGAAUUUACCAAAAACUUCAGUGUAUGUUUGCUGCAGUGAAAAUGAGGAUAUUGAGAAGCAUCAGGAUGGUCCUGCACUUUUAAGAAUUAUAGCUUCUCGGUGUUUGGAUGCGAGGGUAUCAACUCGUAGAGCAGCGAUAAUGGCUCUUGAAUCACUUUUUCCAAGUCUUUCUGAAUUACAAAGAUCAGAAUUUUUACCAAUUUUCCAGCAGCGUUGUCGAGAUCCCUCGCUGUUGGUAAGGAAGCAAGCUGCAGAAUCCUUAAGCAAUUUGCUUUUAAUCAUGGGUACGGAUAGUAGCAUGUAUGAUCAAGUUUGGCUCGCAUCUGUUCUGCCUCUAAUUAAUGAUUGUGAACAAUCAGUUGUACAGCUUACUUCCAAAUUAGUUUACGAAACACUUAUUUUGCCAGCUCUAGAAGACACGACAUCUGUAGUUUGGCGUAUUUUGGAAGCAGUAGAGCAGGAAGUCAAUCAUAGGCGCUUACUAUUGCGCUCUUUACUUCACCAGGCGAAAGAAGGAGGGUUAUCGGAACAUGUUGUUGACAGCCUGCUAAAGAAAUGUAACGAUUUGAAGAAUGUGAAUAUUGUUUGGAUGUUACUGAGCUUUUUAAGCAGUGUAUUCAAGAUCGAUGAGUCUGAAGCGAUUCGUUUCUGGUACACACUAAAUGAAAGUGAUGAAAGUAAUUUAGUUAGUUACGUCGCCGAAGUUAUUGCGCGUUGUGCUGACAGCACAAGUGAAGCAAAUCGGAACCAGCUGAUUGAAAAUUUUAGUGUAAAGUUAAUUGAAUUCAGUGUCAACGAAGGUCACAUCGCUCAUGUCUACUACGCAUUUGCCCGUCUAUGUAGAGGUAUUGGCGAUGAUUGUAUAGGUGCUAAGCAAUUCCUUGAAUUUAAUCGCAUUUUGGUGGAUAAAUCACUUAAAAUUUUGCACAACAUCAUUUUUCGUCCUAUCGAUGGCUCGGGUGAAGUUCUACUUUCUCAGGAAAACGACAAAACAUCAAAGCUUCUUGUACGAGUUAUAAACUCACUGGGUGAAGCAAUCCAAUACAGUCCGAUUUUACUAAGCAUAAAUCCGAAAGCCUUUGAUAUAAUGCAGUUAAUAAUGGCUUCUGAUGUGAUACAGCAGCAGUUGAUUCAAACAGGUACUUUAUGCAAUACAUUGCCAACAGUACCUUCAGUUCGUCCAUCCACCGCCAUCCAUUGUUCUGAUGUGGAAGGUCUUAUCAAGCAAGAAUUACAGCAAGCUGAUGUCCAACAAGAUGGGCACUCUAAUGUUCCUGAGCAUCGUGGUUUUGCAACUGGCUUUCUUCGAAGCUCUAAAUUUUCCAUUCAACUUAAUAAUAAUACGGAAGGUAGUCAGAAAGCAUCUGCGUCGGCAAAUCAAGAAUGUAGGACGUCGCAACCAACCAGCCAUGGAUUAGGUCCGACAUUUCUAGGCCAACAUACUGUCAAUAUCGAGGUGUUGAGUCCAGCCGUAAGAGCACAAGCAGUUUUGGCCAUUGGUAAAAUGUGUCUCCAGGAUGAAAAACUGGCAAAGAAAUGCGUCCCAGUGCUGUCACGGCAGCUUUUAGUGAAUAGUAAUCACUUAGUCCGAAGCAAUAUUGUUGGUGUAAUUUGCGAUCUCUGCAAGAGGUACACAUUGCUAGUUGACCGUCAUAGUGCUAUUAUAGCUUCUUGCUUGAAAGAUCCAUCCACGCUGGUGCGGAAACAAACGCUCAUGUUGUUGACGCACCUCAUCAAAGAACAGUUUGUACGUUGGGCAGGACAGAUUAUGUACAGAUUUGUGUCAACAAUUUUGGACGAAAAUCAAGAGGUUCGCAAAUACGCAGAGCUAUGUUUGGUUGAUGUCCUGCUUGUGCAAUUUCCGAACAUGUUCGUAAAUCAUUUCUUGGAAUGCCUUUUUUAUUUCAAUUCAGUUACACACAGUUUGUGGUUGACGACAAGUAAUGUCAUGGAAGAAGAUACAGCGGAAAGGCAAGACUUGAAGUGUUCUUUAUCAGGGUUUCGAUUAAAGAAUGCGCGAAUGAAACUUUACCGGUUCAUGAUAAAAACAUUUAAUGAUGAGAACAAAUUUACCAUUGGAAUGCGUAUUGGUCAGGAAGUCUACUCAGCUAUUGUGGACGGUGUACUCGAUAUUUGCGAUCGUCGUGUUAAAGCCUUGCUUGAAGAUUGCUACGAAAUAAUGUGUUGCCCAGAAAUGAAAUUAUCGAUGGCUCUGGGUAGAAGAUCGCCAAAUGAAGAGGAUGAAGAUGAUGAUGAUGAACCGCCAUCCAACAUUCAGGAGGCAGCGAAAAAGGUUGUAACACAAGCUUUCCGAAGAGGUAUCAUUGAUGCCAUUUUACCUCACGUUAUACAGCUGAAAUAUUACCUGCAAGAGAAGCGCCUUCCUGAACUGGAAUUUGGAAUCAUCAGAGUUCUGAGGGAACUGUGUAAAGAUCACCGUGAGCAGUUAGAUGAAUUUCUAGCAAGCGAUAAGCAAUUAAAAGCUGAAAUAAAGUUCGAUCUCGAGAAAUUAGAGGAAAAAGAAAGAAAAAUGAAAAUUUCGAACAACAAUGAUGUAAUAAUGAAAGCGCCUUUCUUGCUAAACAAAAGAGUUUCUUUCGCUGCAGACGGCGUGGCAUCUUCACCACGUCUGAAGUCUGAGACUGUAAAAGAAAAGUGUGAGGUGGGAUUGGUCACACAGACUGAAGUGCAGGGAAGUGAACAAAAUGGCAGAGACGACGUCCUACUAGCUGAUACCAAUCAUAGAAGUGAUCAAAAACUGAUGGAAGAAGGAACGAAAAUCAGUAAUGACAAAGGCGAGAAUGCCGAGAACAUUCAACCUUCGACAAGUGUAAAGCAGACUUUACUGAUGGUCAAAAGACGAAGUCAAAGAAUACAGUUUGAACAAUUAGAUGAAGAAGGCGAGUUGCCAGUGCGAGCGAUUUCGACACCAGAGCAUAAUAUUGGCGAGCUCACGUUCGGUCUGGGCGAUGAAAUGUCAGCAAUUGAAAGUACGCCAACAAGAAAAAGAUCAAAACGACAGGCUCGACAGCCCUAUGUACCACCAAUUGAAGAAGCUGAUAACGAGAAUGAAUGA